AAUACUUUCAUUGUCGGUUUACUUGUUGAUUUUACAGCUAUUAGAAGACAAAACUUCAUCGCAAGCUGCUUAAACAGCCUCAUCUACCUCUGAGCAUCUUUUAAACAACAACUCUUCUAUAUAUAUCCAUAAAGAUUCUUUUCUUUUCUCUCAUAACAAGAGAGAUGAGGCAUUUGGUGUUUGCUCUUUUGCUUGCCAUUUUGUUCCACCAAGAGUGUUCCUAUACUCAAGUUGAAGCUGGAGAUGGUUUCAUUAGGACCCAAGGAGUGAAGUUCCUAUUGAAUGGUAACCCUUACUAUGCUAAUGGCUUCAAUGCUUACUGGUUGAUGUAUGUGGCCUCUGACCCAACUCAGAGAUCCAAAGUUUCAUCUGCCUUUAGGGAAGCUUCAAGCCAUAGCCUUACAGUGGCUAGAACUUGGGCUUUCAGUGAUGGUGGCUACAGGCCCUUACAGUACUCUCCUGGCUCAUACAAUGAGGAAAUGUUCAAGGGGUUGGAUUUUGUUAUAGCUGAGGCCAGAAGGUAUGGGAUUAAGCUCAUAUUGAGCAUGGUGAACAACUAUGACAGCUUGGGAGGGAAGAAGCAAUAUGUAAACUGGGCUAGAAAUCAGGGGCAGUACCUGACAUCUGACGAUGAUUUCUUUAGGAACCCAGUUGUAAAGAGCUACUACAAGAAUCAUGUUAAGACUGUUCUUAACAGAUAUAACAGUUUUACUGGACUUCAUUACAAAGAUGACCCAACAAUCAUGGCCUGGGAGCUCAUCAAUGAACCCAGAUGCACCUCUGAUACUUCAGGGAGGACCAUUCAGGCUUGGAUCUCGGAAAUGGCAUCGUUCGUGAAGUCUAUCGACAGAAACCAUUUGCUGGAAGCUGGGUUAGAAGGAUUUUAUGGGCAAUCAACACCACAGAAAAAGAGACUCAAUCCUGGUUUUGAUAUAGGAACAGACUUCAUUGCAAAUAACCAGAUCCCUGGCAUUGAUUUUGCCACAGUCCACUCAUAUCCUGAUCAAUGGUUAUCUAACUCAAACGAUCAAUCUCAACUGUCUUUCUUGAACAACUGGCUCGAUAUCCACAUUCAAGAUGCACAAUAUACUCUUCGAAAGCCAAUACUUCUUGCGGAAUUCGGGAAAUCCUGGAAAGAUACUGGCUUUAACACCAAUCAAAGAGACAUGAUGUUCAACACUGUUUACUACAAGAUAUACUCGUCUGCUAAACGAGGUGGAGCAGCAGCUGGAGGCAUGUUUUGGCAACUUCUGACUGAAGGCAUGGACUCAUUCCAAGAUGGCUACGGGAUAGUACUCAGCCAGAGCUCAUCAACUGCAAAUGUGAUCUCCCAACAGUCUCACAAGCUUUACCAGAUUCGAAAGAUCUUUGCCAGAAUGAGAAAUGUUGAGAGGUGGAAGCGAGCAAGAGCUGCUAGGAGGAAUCGAUGGUCAGGCAGGAACAGAGGCAAGGGUAUUGGAAACUAAAAGAAUUGGGUUUCCAGGCAAAUGGUUCCUCUCUUAGAGAUGAAUAUUGUUCGUCCAGGGGGAUUGAUAAGAAGAUAUACUUUAUGUGCUCUUGUUGUUUUUUGUUUGAGUUGUUAAGGGAGCUUUGUCUUGCCAUGGAAGUAGAAUUUGGAAAACUAUAUAUAUAGCAUUCCCCUGUUUACAGCUUCACAUCAGGCUUCUUGGAAUAUAGGUUGAUGAUGUGAAAUUAUGUGGUUUUUGUGUUUUAAACUUGAAUGAAAACCAUGCACUAAGAUUAAAUCCAGUUUUUCCUCUU